CGCGCUUGACGUAAACGGAAACCUAGUGCUGUACACAAACAACUCCAGAGGUUUUCAAGAGGGAAUUAUUCAUAUUUCAUUCACUGCAUGGAUGCAAUAAUGGAAAAGUAGAAGCUGAAAGAGGGAAAACUCUCUCGGCCAGAGACGCUUCUCGCAGCCAUGGCGUCUGAACUCCAUGAAGCGAUUUUUAUGGCCAAACGAGAGCGACACAAGAAUCUUUUCCUGAACUACAGAAACCUCAGCAGUUUCCCCGUGGAGCUCCUCAGAGAUGAAGGGAUGCAGUUCCUGGAGCGUCUCUUCAUGAAGAGAAACUCCCUCACAACACUUCCCGAGAAUCUGGCUCAGAAACUUCCCAACUUGAUAGAACUGUACCUGCACUCAAACAAUAUUGCAAUAAUUCCUCAAGCAAUUGGCAAUCUAGUGAAGCUGCAGUCACUGGACCUGAGUGACAACGCUCUUCAGUUCAUCUGUCCAGAGAUCGGUCAGCUGCGCUCAUUACGACAUCUGCGAUUGGCCAACAACCAACUCAAAUUCCUCCCGCAAGAGCUGGGAGAUCUCGGAGAGCUGGAGACUCUGGACGUGUCCAUGAACCUCCUGAGGACUCUUCCAGAGCGUCUGCACCAGUGUCUGUCCCUACAGUGUCUCACAGCAGACCGUAACCUGCUGCACUACCUUCCUCGCCAGCUCUGUCUGCUGCCCGACCUCAACGAGCUCUCCAUGGCUGCCAACUGCCUGACUUCACUGCCCCUGGAUCUGGGGCGCUCCAUGGAGCUGCAGUUUGUGUUUGUGGACAACAACGCUCAUCUGAAGGGACUUCCAUCGUAUCUUUAUAACAAAGUCAUCGGCUGCAGUGGAUGUGGUCUAGCCGCGCAGAUCUCUGACGUGAAGGAGCUCUGUCUGACGCUGGGAGAUGUGACUGUUCCCCUGCCCUCUGAAGUGAAGGCCAUCGGCUCUGAGACUGACCGCGUGUUGCCUCUGGAGGAGCUGGCGUGCAGAGUACUACAUGCGGCCCACAGCUGGACCAGUAAGGAUGUGAGGUUCCUGACACCGUUCCUGUUACCCAAGAGUCUGCUGGAUGUGGUCCGGUGGCCUCUGGGUCACUGUCACCGCUGUAGUCAGCCCAUGUUCACCAUCGUCUACCCUAAACUGUUUCCUCUCAGAGAGACCGCACUCGCAGGAGUGCACAAGAGAACCACUGUGAGUUUUGUAGCGUACUGCUGCUCUAGCUUUUGUCUGAGGACGUUUGACCUGCAGGGCUGACGUCUCGCAUCUGCUCAUGCUGCUUUCAUCUUCACAGAGGACUUAAAAAAUAUCACCAGAGAUCACCUGAGCUUCUGAGACAUUUGACAGAUCUUCAUAACAGCCAUUACAGUCUCCUUCUUCUGUGUGUAGCAGCAGCUGCUUAAUACUGAUUACAUUUCACAAAUGAAUGUAGAAAGAAAUGAAACCAAGUGUAUUUCAAUCAUUGGCCCAUACAAACCGUGUAGUAUUGUUUGUGUUGGGAUUGUUACGGUUCACUGUAACCAAAAAGUUCCAGGCUUUAACUGGUGGAAGUUUCUUGAGAAACGUACAAUUUAUUCUGUGUUUUAAAGACUUUCAUCUUGAUCUACGUAAAAGUGACGAGUUUAAGCUGAGAUAAAGAUGUUUUUGUUUCAAUUUGAAAGGAAAAUAGAAUUGUUUUUCGAGUUCCCUUUACUGAAAUGCCAUGUUACUACAGAUUCAUAUUUCACUACUGGUUUUGACCAUGACACAAGACUUAACUUAAAAGUGGCUUUUUAAAGAGGUUUCAUUUCAAUCUGAGGCUCAAGUGUUUGUAUGCUGUUGGACGUGACCAGCACACAUUAGCGCUUUUCAAAGAAAAUCAUGUGUGAAGUUUUGGAAACAGACUGUUGUAAAGUGCCAACUGACUUUUAUGAAAAACAUGCAGUUGAUUGUAUCGAAGGCAGCUUUAAGGGAUUGUUCUAUUUUUGUGUGAGAGAAUAUUUUCACAUGAAUUGUGGAGUUUGCUGGUACUACACUACAUCAGUGCUUCUCUCAGUUUUGCUGCAGGAAACCAUCACUGUUCAGCUUUCAGUAUUUAAAAUAUUCUUUGUCUCUUUAAUUAGAUGCGAGCAAGAGGUUGACUUUCUUAAUACAUAUAUUAAGUUCACCCAAAACUGAAAAUUUAUUCAUGCACAAGCCGUCCUAGGUAUCAAUUACUUUCUUUUUUUAGACAAAUACGUUCAAAAAGUCCUGGGUUGGCCAAGCUUUACAAUGGCAAUGAAUGGGUGUUGAGGUUUUAAAGCAAAAUAUAGGUCAUCCGGUCCAUGCAUUCAUCAUAAAUAUACUCUAUAUUAAAAAUAUCUAUAUAAAAUGUAAUAUGUAGCAUACAACAGUUAUCGGAACCUAGAGAUUAUGGUUUAGAAAGUUUUAAAUAUGGAUAUUUUUGCUACAAACGCAUCACUUUGAUUCAGAAGGCCUUUACGUGGAGUGCUUUUUUUAUGAUGGAUGGAUGCACUUUAUUUUGCUGCAAAAUCUCAACCACCAUUUACUGUCAUUAUUUAAAAAAAAUGUAAAACUCUUGAUUGUAUUCGUCUUAAAGAAGAAAGUCAUACACAUGGCUUGAGGGUGGGAAAAUAAUGGGAUCAUUUUCAUUUUUGGGUAAAAUAUCCCUUUAAGUUAAUGUGUGGAUGUUACUGUUACAGUUUUAUUAAAUACUUCAGGUCUUCUACAGAUUUUAUUUUAAGACUGUUAGUUCAGCUAAACGUUUUACAUGUUACACUGUUUUUUCAUUGGUUCUUAGAACUGAACAAUUGUGAUCUUGUUGUAAUGUUUGGCAAUAAUAACCAUGUUUAAAACCUC